AUGACCAAGAUCCUGACAGCCCUGAGCGUUGCGCUCGCCUCGACAGGCUUCCUCGCCUCGGCGACUCCUGUCGACGCCGCCGCCGCCGCCGCCGCCAAGCCAUGCCUCAAGGGACCUCCUCUGCGACACUGGCCGCGCGAGGCCGCAAAGGCGCUCAACGCCAUGAUUGCCGCCAAUGCUCACCAGGGUCGCUACGCGGCGUUUGACAUGGACAACACGAGCUACCAGUACGAUCUGGAGGAGUCGCUGCUGCCGUACCUCGAGAACAAGGGCGUCAUCACACGCGACACCAUGGACCCCUCGCUCAAGCUCGUCCCCUUCAAGGACACGCCCGAGCACAACGAGACACUCUACGGCUACUACCUGCGACUCUGCGAGAUUGAUGAUGCCAUUUGCUACCCCUUUGCGGCGCAAAUUUUUAGCGGCAUUCCCUUGCGCAAGCUCAAGGUCUACGUCGAUGACCUUAUGGCGCUCAACGACACCGUCCACACGAGCUACUACGAGGGCGACGAGCUAGUCAAGGUCGAUGUCAGCCCGCCCAAGGUCUUCCGCGGCCAGGUGGAGCUGUACAACAAGCUCAUGGCCAACGGCAUCGAGGUCUACGUUGUCUCUGCCGCUUCCGAGGAGCUGGUCCGCAUGGUCGUCUCGGAUCCCAAGUACGGCUACAACGUCAAGCCCGAAAACGUCAUUGGCGUCACUACGGCGCUCAAGAAUGUCACCAGCAAUGAGCUCACCUCUGCGCGCAAGCAGGUGAGCGACGGCACAUACGACGAGCAGGCCAACCUCGACCUCAUCAUGACCCCUUUCCUCUGGACUCCGGCCACGUGGAAGACGGGCAAGUGGGCUGCCAUCCUCUCUUAUAUCGACAUGUGGAAGAAGCCCAUCCUUGUCGGCGGCGACACCCCGGACAGCGACGGCCCCAUGCAGUUCCACGGCGUCGAUGUCCGCCGCGGCGGCAUCCACCUCUGGAUCAACCGCAAGGACAAGUACCAGAAGCAGAUUGACCAGAUGAAGGCCGACUUUGCUGCCGAGCAGGAGAAGGAGGGAUGGCCGGUGACCGCCGAUAAGAACUGGGUGACGGUCAAGCCAGCCGACAUUCUGUAA